AUGUUUUGGAUUUUUAUUUUUUUAUUAUUUAAUUCUGUUGUGACAGAUGAUUCAAUGGAAAAAUUUAAAUCGUGUAAUAAUGAAGCAUGUAUUUUAAUACAAUGUUAUUUUCCUGUUUCGGAAUUUUUAACUGCAACACAGAAUGAAAUAGAAUUAUUUGAAAAUUUUAUUGAAUUAAAUCAUGUUUUUGUUAGUUAUCAUUUAUGCAAUGAUCUAUCGGCAGAUAAUAUAGAUGAAGUUGGCGCAUGUAUUUAUGGUGUACUUUUCAAACUUUAUCAGUUAGCGAUUCCUGUUUUUUUUGAUUGUUUCGAAAUUUAUUUAUUUAGAUUUGAUGCAAAUUUAACUAUUCAUCAACGUAUGCAUGUUCAACAAGCACAAAUACAAGAAGAAUCAAUAGCUAUUGUAAUUGAUAUGAUAUCGGCAAUUCUCUAUCGAGUUCAAUCGAUAGAUGAUACAAAUCAAUUAGAAGAUUUCAUUCAAAAAUCAAAUAAAGAAGAAGAUGUUGUUGUUAUCAAUGCUCAAUCAUUAACACCUAAAGUACAUCUUGAUAUUAGUCGAAUUAUUUUAAAUUAUGGUCAAUGGUUUACUUUUAUUUAUUCUACUAAUAUAAAUAACAGAAAAACUAUUUGCUUGUAUGAUAUUCAUCCGAUGGGUAAUGAUUUAACCUUGCUUAAAUGUGGAAUGGAAGAUAAUAUACAAACAAUAUUGGAACAACAAAUUGGAAUGAAAAAUACACGAUCAGCUACUAUUAAAAGAUUUUCUGAUCUAACUUAUAUAAAUGUAUUUCAACGAACUUUACCAACAUUAUUUUACAUAUAUGAUCAUUCAACUUUUACUUUAAUAACAAAUAAAAAUAUUAUCAUAAUUCCUGUCAAUAUAUUGAAUUUUAAAACAAUAGAUAUUGCGAAUCAUAUGUUUUUACAUGGUCCAUAUCCAUUCUAUCUAUAUUGGUCACCGAAAAAAAAUACAUUUCAACGUCUUGGUGAUCAUCCGUCAAAUGAACUAAUCAAUAUUCUUCUUAACGAAGAACAAGAAACUGAUUUAAAAAAUAUGUAUGGAAUGUUUGACGAUGAAGUUCGAUAUAUAUCUGAAACUUGUUGUAAUGAAAUUGAAACUAAUCCAAACGUUCAUUUUCUUAAAACUUCUAAUGAUUAUUAUGCCUAUCGAGAAAAAUAUCCUAAAAGUGCAAUACUAUUUACCGUUAAAUGGGAUUCAACAUCAAAAUUAGCUCGUAAAACAUUUCAUAAUCUAUCAUCACGUCUUAAUAAUUAUUUACCAAUGAUCGAUAUUGAUUGUUUCGAUUGGACAGAUAUAUGUAAUAAUGAAAAUAUCUAUCAAUGGCCAACGUUAAUUCUAACUGACUUAACAACAAACAAAAUCUAUCAAGGUAGUACAAAUGAAAAUGAAAUGGCAUUAAAUUUAUUUCGAUUUUCUGUUUCUCAACCCUAUGAAAUUACUAAUGAUUCAAAUAAGGUAUUAGCUGAAAGUUUAUUAAUCGAACAACAAGUGAUUGUUUUAGCAAGAAUUCAAUAUGAAGAAAAAUCUUUAUAUGAUACUUAUAAAAAAUUAGUUGAUAUGUUUUUAAAUAAUGAACAUAUCUUUUUUAUGUUUCAAUAUUCAACGGAAAGUUCUUGUUUGAUUAUUAAACAAAAAUAUGGUGAUAUUAAUUCAUCAUUUGAACCAAAAACAACGAUUUAUCCAUUGAAUGAAGAUUUCGAUCAUCUUCAAACAUUAAUCAUCAAUGCUCUUCAAAUAUCAUUGAUUCCAUUUAAUCCAAUAGAUUUUAUCAAAUCAACAUCAUCUUUAUUUAUAGCAGCAAGUCAUACACAACUUGUACAAUCAAAUAAUUUACCCGUUGAAAUUCCUUUAGUUUGGAUUGAUACAAACUCCCCAUGGAUUCUUACUAUAAAUCAAUAUGGUCAUAUAACUUAUCCAGCAAUAAUUUAUAUAAAUUAUUCAACUGGAUAUGUUUAUGUCAAUUCAACAUUGACGGAUAUCACUACAUGGGUGAAAGCUGUUGAAAUGGAAUUAAUAACACCUUUUUAUGAAUUAUCAUCCGAUGAAAAACCAUUACAGAAAGAAAUUGAUUUUAAUAAACAAAUCGUUGAUGAAGAAUUACUCAAUGAAUAUAGUUUAAUUCAUGAAGAAAGUGAAAAAAUCAAUGAACAUGGAAUAGAUUUUUUUGUAUCUGAUUUAACAAUGAUUUCAUUAACAUCUACUAAAUUAUUAAAAAGAAAAAAUGAAAUUUCAAAAAUUAUUGAAGAGACAAAUCGUUGUCUACAUAUUCAAUGUAGUACGAAUGAUUUAUCGUUAUCCGAAAUAAAAAAAGAUUUAUAUCGAAAUAAAACUAACAUGAAUAUAUCUUCUCUAAGUAAUGAAACGGAUGAUGAACAAUUAGAAACGUCUCAAUAUGAAAGUAAUAACAUUAUACCAUGGUGGGAGGAUAAUCAACAAGAUGAUGAAUUCAAUUCUGAUCAAGUAUUAACAAUAUCUGAUGAAACUUUACAGAAAAUUGUUCAUGGUGCACUUCAAUUGAUGUCAAAUGAUUCAACAAAAAAAGUACAAAAACGAAUCAAAACAUAUGUUGAUCGAAAAAGAUUACGAAAACAACCAAGACAUACGAGAUCAAAAAAUACUUACAUUCAUUCUCAAUCAUUACCAUCCAAUAACAUGGAAACUUCAAUAAGUUCAGCUAAUGUUGGUCAUCAGUUGUUACAAAAAAUUGGUUGGACACCUGGUAAUGGUCUUGGUUUGAAUCAAAAUGGUAUAAAAUCACCAAUAUCAAUCAAUUUUCAUCAACGAAGACAAGGUUUGGGUUAUGAAAAAGAACUAACUACUACAAAUGAAUCUUUAUCUAUUCAUUCUAAUCCAAUAAAUAUUUUUUAA